UUCACUCGGACAACAUUAGCCGUAACACCAAACAAAUUGUCAACUUUAACACGUGCGGGACUUUUACCGAGCGUUUGCGCCGUGUGCGACCGUAAGGAUCUCAGCAAGACCGUUUAAGACACGCGUGCCUAGCCAGGAUGGUGGGUAAAAUUAAACGGGUCCGACAGAAGCUCCAUCACAGCGCCGUGAGGCUAGAAAAUGAGCUCCAAAACAAACCCGGUCUGGAGAAGAUACUGAUCCGGCCGAUUCAGCUCAUUAAAACAGAGUCACAAGAGACGAAACUCCACGCACCUGACAGCAGUGUAAACAAUAAUGCAAAGGCGGUCAGCUUUCCCUCUGGCAUUUUUGCUGGAACCAAAAUCUCCCCCGAGUCUUUAGUUCAAACGCUGAAAGUUGAUGAACCAUCAAAUGUGGCCAUAAGCAAACAGCCUGCAGGAGAACAAAAAGGAACAGGAGAAAAGAAACAACAGUCGAAGAAAGAAAAAAUGAAGGAGCGCAGGGAAAGAUGGCUUAACAAGAUCAGUGCGAUCAAGCUGGCUCGUGAGCAGCAGGUGGCGCAGGCUCGGCGGAAGGCCACGCCCGUGGUGGGCGACAUGAGACCCCUGGCCGACGCCCUUCCUGAACUCUCCCAGCUCCUCCCGUCUCUCAAAACCUCCGCCAGCGCACAGCUGAGGAACAAAGCUUCGGUUAAGAAGAAACCAGAACCCACGAACUACUACUUGAUGAAACCAGGCCAGAAACGAAAAAUACUCGAGAUGGAAACGUCUCACUUCAGCGAGGCCGCGAAGAAUCCCGCCUUCAAGACCAACCCUUUAUCUGCCAUCAGCGAUCUCCUGAGAAAGCGGCUCAAGCGGGAAGACGAGCAGAGCUAAUCGCCCCCUUGACAGACUUCAAGAACUGCGUUUAUCAUCCCACGAAACAAACUGCGAAAUGCAGUAGGCCCCGGUUUCACGCUUCGUAACAAAAUAUGAAAAUGAAGAGGAAUCCGGACAUUUGCGUCCCUUGCUUAAUCCGACACGCAUAAACACUACGGUUCAUGGUGUUUUCUCUGUGAAUGAGUACGAGUUUGGGUUUUUAAUCGUGCCACAGAUGUUUCCGCGCCGUCUGUUCCACAAUGAAAAUAAAUCCCGUGGAAAAUGA